AAGUGACUCAAACCAGAAUUACAGGUACAAAGUCACUCAGAGCAGGAAAGGCAAUAGGAACACUUUCUUUCCCAGUUAUGGAUGAGACACCUGAUGUGGAUAUUGAGACUCUUAUAGAUGAGUUCGAAUACAUACCUGGACAUUUCCAUUUGGAAAUGAACUUAAAUUUUGAGUCGUGCACUCCAGUGGAGUUUAGGAGGAGAGACAUCAAAUUGAAAAGGGAUUCCUUGCAGUUCCAGCUGGAGGCUGACUCCAGUUUUCAGCAGUUUGCUGUCAAGAAUUUACUGGGUGUCUUUUUCUUUUACCUGGAUGAAUUUCACAGCGCGAGAGACAUUUUUCUAUCAGUUAGUCAACAUGAUCCAAACAACUUAAAUGCCUGGGCUAACCUGGCAUAUGUGUAUGAUAGACUGAAUAUGGAGGAUAAAGCCUCACAGUGUACUGAUAAACUGUCUCAUCUCAUGGGUCUAGAAGGGGAAGAGGGGGAAAGCAAAGACGUCAGACUAAGGGCUGCACGGUGCCUGGCAGAGCAGGGUUAUUCCCACGCCUUCGACAUUGGACUUCUAAAUGAAGAGGACAGCAUUGAGAAAUUGAGCAGUGGAAUUGGCCUCUAUGAUAAAGCCCUGGCAUUUGGAAAACACGAGAUUCCUGUGGAAGAAAAACGAAGUUGGUUUUUCACAAUGGCAACUCUGUGUAUGAGGCUGGAUGGAAUACUAAUGAAUAGCUCUAAGGUGGACAAAAGGCUACAGUUUUUUAACAAAACUCUGAUGCUGCUUCGUGAAGUUGUAAAAUCCUCAAAUGCUCAUUAUAAAGCUUUGGCCUGGUGUUAUCUUGGAGUGAUGCUGGAAAGACAAAACACUUUUUCCACUACUCCAAUGGGAAUACAUGACUGCGGCUAUUCAGGAACUGACCCUCUGGGUUGUUUUGGAAAGGCUUUAGAGUUUGCAAAAGACGACCCUCUGAUACUCAACCGCCUCGCCAAAAUUUGCCAUUUACUGGGGAAGCAAGAAUUGGCCAUUGGGACAUGUAAUAUGGCACUUGAUCUACUUCAGGAUCCAAAGCUAAACUGGCAAGCUUACCUAACACGUGCUCAGAUCUAUUUAAACAUGUAUAUACGAGAUUUUGAACGUGCCAAGAUCGGGUCAGGAGGUCUGCCAGACAGAAAGCACCUGACUAAUGCCAAAUCUGACUUAGAUAACAUCAUAGACAUCUAUCCUUGUCUAAAAACAUUCAUAGACAUGGCUCAGGUAUUGUAUUAUAUGGGAGUGGAUGCUGUAAAGGAAACAUUUCAAGUUGAUGAAGAUGCCCUUAAUAAUGCUUUGGUAUGCAUUGCAAAAGCCACAGAGUUUGAACUUGGAGACACCCUUCCGGAAAUCCAGCUACUCAAGGGAAAGUGCCUUAGAGUUAAAAGUGAAGACCUUAAUGCAAUGGAGUGUUUUAAAAAGGCAAUACACCUGGACAACAGAGGCUCACAGGGUACAGAGAGUUUCAGGUGCUUAAUAGAAACACUCCUUAACUUGUACAACCAAAAUAAAAUAAACGAGGAGUGUCUGGCGCAGGAGGUGGAGAAGUGGACAAAAGAGGCAGAGGGGAAAUACACAUCAGAUAGCAUUCAUCAAGAGCUGCAGGUUAUAUAUCGAAACAACACUUCAGAAAUUGUAGAACUCUCUAAAGCAAUGAUAGCAAUGGGUAAAAUGGAUUUGGUAAAGCUUUUGUUUCAGGCUGUGAAGGUGAAUGCAAGAAAGCCAAAACUCAGCAGCCGUUCAUCUUCUUUUUAAACUGCAAAGACACUUGCUCAACUUAAAUUAAAGAGGUUCUCAUCUGG